GGCGGGCGCGAGGGAGGGGAGAGGGGAGGGCGCCGGCCGGCGGGGAAAGGUAGCCCGGGCGGCCCGAGCGCGCACUUUGCGGCUCCUGGCCCCGCGUCCAGCGCUGCCCGCGCCGCCGCCGCCUCUCCGCCUCCUCCUCCCCCUCCUCCUCUGCGCCUCCUCCUCCCCCUUCUCUUCCUCCUCCUCCGCCUCCGGGCCACCCUCGCCCCCUCCCUGCUGGAGCUCCCGAGCACUCGCCGGCUCCGUCCCGGGACGCGGUCCUCGGCCCCAUCCUCGCUUCCCGCCCGCCCGCCCGCAGCUCCCGGCGCUCGCCCCCGCGCGGGACCCCCAGCCCCGGCUCCAGCCUCGCGGCGCCCGGGGGAGGGAAGCAGCCGGGCGAGCGCGCCCACCGCCGCCCGGGAAGAUGAACAGCGGCGGCAAAGCCGAGAAGGAGAGCACGCCGAGCGAGGCCAGCCUGCAGGAGGAGGAGGUCCGGACUCUGUUUGUCAGUGGUCUUCCCUUCGACAUCAAGCCUCGGGAGCUCUAUCUGCUUUUCAGACCAUUUAAGGGAUACGAGGGUUCUCUUAUAAAGCUUACAUCUAAGCAGCCUGUAGGUUUUGUCAGUUUUGACAGUCGCUCAGAAGCAGAAGCUGCAAAGAAUGCUUUGAAUGGCAUCCGUUUUGAUCCUGAAAUUCCGCAAACACUGCGACUAGAGUUUGCUAAGGCGAACACGAAGAUGGCCAAGAACAAACUAGUAGGGACACCAAACCCCAGUACUCCUCUGCCCAACACUGUACCUCAGUUCAUUGCCAGAGAGCCAUAUGCGCUGGUUCCCUCCAUCCGAGGCAACUUCUCAGGGCUGGAAGUCCCGUCAGUUCUGCUGAAUCCUACGUCCCAGGUGUGUGAUGGUGGCUGCAAUCUGUCUUGUGGGUAUUAAUACAAUCUUCAGCGGCGCUGCGGCUCUUGAGCUGUUCUGCAGAACUGGAGCGUGCCGGCUUGAAAAAACCUUGUCCAGUUUUGACCCCUCCAAGACCUUGCCACAGCCUCUAUCACACAUCUGUUUUUCAUGAAGAAAAAAAUAUAUAUAAUAAAAAAGUUUUGCUCUUUUACACUGUAUAAUUUUAAGAGAUAGUGUAUUAUUUGUGACUGCAUGAUCCAACGUACUUUUUGUACAGCAUGGAGAUACUUUCAAAGCACAACACACAAGCUGCCAACAGGCCAAGCAUAUUUUUCUACCAAACAUGAUGCUACACUGGGUUGGAUCACUGAUUUUUAGUGUUUGACUUUUGAAUGCUUGUAAUUAAAAGUACCUAUAUAUUUCCCCCUCUCGAAAAUAAGCUGCAUGUUUGACGCAUGUUUUCACACCCUAUCGGAGUUCCCAGAACCAUUGUGAAUGUCUGGCCCGCCUGCCUGGUCUGGGUCCAGGGCGACCAGCUCUGUGUGUCAGCUGUCAGCACUCCUGCCGUCCCCGCUGUGGUCCGGGACUUCCCUACGCACUGCCGGGCCCAGCAGCCUUUACGCUGCUACGGGGCGGUUCGCAUAUGGGCCAAGUGCUGCAUCUUCCUGUCUUACUGUCUUCUGUGGGAGCUCCGGGCCCUACCAUUCGGCCUUGGGUGCAGCGCCUCCGUCCCUACAGCAGCAGCGUGCCGCACCCCAACCCGGGAUGGGGCAGCAGGUGCCGGGCACUAGCAGCGCUCCUGCUGGGUAUGCUGCGACCUGUCUCAGAGCUGGUCCAUCUCGUGGCAUCAGCUGACCUGUUUCCAGAGCACAGGACAGCCCCACCUCCAGCCCGUGUGUGAAGACACAGCCGAGGAGCUGUGUCUGCCCAGUCUUCCCGGGUGCUGCGAUUGUUCUUGAUUCAAUGGUUGGUUUCAGAUGUGUUCCAUCAUUUUGCAUUAGAAAUAAAGCUGUCAGAAGCCUUGACAGGAAGCGCCUGGGGUCCAGCUGAUAAGGGGCAGGUGUAGGGGACACCCCUACUCGCCCCCAUGCGGGACAUCUGUACUCCUGUCUCUAAGGAAAACUGCCACCGGCUUAGGCUUUUAUAAACUGUUUAAAGGUACUUUUCUAUUGUCGUUAUUGUCGUUUUUAAAAAUAAAGUCCUUCUCAGCACUCACACCAUGCUUGCAGAUUCCUUUCUGCGGGAACAGGCUGGCUGUG